AAGGCGGGUAAACUUAGUCGUCUACAACCUAUACGACGUCGUAUUUGCCCAUCCCAAAUUCCGGUUCAUAAAAUAACCUUAUCUCACCAUUUUUGCCAAAAUCUUAAACCCUCUGUCUAGAGGGCCUUAAACCCUAUCUACACCUUAUCUCCGGCCACCAUACUCCUCCGUAAACUGCCGUAGCAUGCCACUUAAUCUCCUGCCACUGCAUCUGCUCAAUUCUUCUUCACUUCCGGUAACACUUAUCACCAUGAACACUCACUCCUCAAUUUCCAGGCCACAUAACCCUAUUUUCACCCGUGUCAUCCCACACAGACCUAAUUCUCAAUCCCUAUCCUCUUUUCAUAACCUAGGGUUUUACAAUUUCACCACCACACUCCAGCCGGAACUUCAGUUAUCCGUUAAACACAUGUCUCAGAUUAAGGCUGCCAAUAGCUUAAUUGAGGACGAAUUUGAGGUUAAUUCCGGUUCGUUUAGGAAAAGAGAGUUGUAUAGUGAGAGAGAUGAUAGUAGUAAUGAUAGGAGAGGUAGUUAUAGAGGCGGAAGGGGCGGUAGUAGAGGCGGUAGGGGUGGUUCGGGUAUGAAUAGGAGAAAUGAUGAUUAUAGUGGUGGAUAUGAGAAUAGAGAAAGAAGAGGUGGUGGAAGUAGGGGGUCGUUUGGCGGUAGUUCGAGAGGACGAGGGCGAUUUGGUGGAGGGAGGGGAUCGGGUAGUUCAGCGGGAAGAGGGCGGGGGAGAUUUGGAGGUGAAUUAGAGAGGAGAAACGAUAGGUUUUCGCGUGAUUCGGAUAAGGGGAAGGAAAGUUGGGGCUCGUUUUUUUCGUACCCUGAAGGGAAAGAACCGUAUGUGCGGGAUUCGUUUGUGUCGAAUAGGAGAGAUGAUAGGUUUGGGGAUACUGGUGGUAGAGGCAGAGGCAGAGGGAGAGGAAGAGGGGGCGGCAAUGGUGGUGUAACAACGGGUGUUAAAAGGAGUAUGGAAAGAGGAAGUUUGAUGGUGGUAGAUGAUGAAAAUGUGGAUGAUGAAGAGGAAGAAUCAAAGUUGAUGUAUAACUAUAGAGAUUUGAUAAGUGAAGAUGAUGACGAUGAUGAUGAUGAAGAAGAAGAAGAGGAUGUUGAGGGUGAUGGGGUCUUAGAAAAGGGACCUUCUUUGAGUCCGCCAAGGGUUCCAAUGGAAGGAAGUGAAUCUUAUCUAAGUGAGACCAGGUUCGAUGAAUGCUCAGUUUCACCCCUUUCUUUAAAAGGAAUUAAGGAUGCUGGGUAUGAGAAGAUGACCAUCGUGCAGGAGGCAACUCUUCCCGUCAUUCUCAAAGGAAAGGAUGUGUUAGCCAAAGCGAGGACAGGGACUGGAAAAACCGUUGCAUUUCUGCUCCCAUCGAUAGAAGUAGUCGUGAAUUCGCCGCCUGUCAGCCGUGAUCAAAAGUGGCCCCCAAUUCAAGUCCUUGUCAUAUGCCCCACUAGAGAGCUUGCAAAUCAAGCAGCAAUGGAAGCUAACAAACUGUUGAAAUAUCAUCCUUCUGUGGGCGUUCAAGUUGUUAUUGGAGGCACAAGAAUCACUACAGAACAAAGACGUUUGCAGACAAACCCUUGCCAGAUCCUUGUAGCAACACCUGGAAGGCUUAAAGAUCAUAUUAUGAAUACUUCGGGAUUUGCCACUCGGGUCAAAGGGGUCAAGGUUUUGGUUCUUGACGAAGCUGAUCAUUUAUUGGACAUGGGAUUCCGUAAAGAUAUCGAGAUUAUAAUAGCAGCUGUCUCGAAACAACGACAGACACUUCUAUUUUCAGCCACUGUCCCACCUGAGGUUCGUCAAAUCUGUCAUAUUGCUUUGAAAAGAGAUCAUGAAUAUAUUAACACGGUUGAAGAAGGUAGCGAAGAGACACACACGCAGGUCCAACAAAAGCAUAUGAUUGCUCCACUAGACACGCAAUUUCCCCUGGUCUAUACGCUUCUGAAAGAUCAUAUCGCCAGUGAUGCUGAUUACAAGGUUCUUGUGUUUUGCACAACUGCGAUGGUCACAAAAUUAGUGGCAGACCUACUCGGUCAAAUGCGGUUAAACGUCCGGGAAAUACAUUCGAGGAAGUCUCAAGGUUACAGGACUCAAGUUUCCGAUGAAUUCAGAAAGUCAAAGGGUCUUAUUCUUGUAACUUCUGAUGUUUCUGCACGUGGAGUCGAUUACCCCGAUGUAACACUUGUUAUUCAGAUCGGGCUUCCAUCUGAUAAAGCCCAGUAUAUACACCGACUUGGAAGAACUGGGCGUAAAGGAAAAGAAGGAGAAGGGAUAUUAUUACUGGCACCAUGGGAAGAGUUUUUCUUGUCCACCCUUCGGGAUUUGCCGAUUUCAAAAGCGGACCCACCUCUUAUCGAUCCAGACACAAAGAAAAAGGUAGCGAAAGCGUUGUCUUAUGUGGAAAUGAAAAUUAAAGAAAUGGCAUACCAGGCAUGGCUCGGUUAUUACAACUCUAACAAGACCGUUGGGAGGGACAAAAGCAAGCUUGUGGAGCUCGCGAAUGAGUUUAGUCGAAGCAUGGGGCUUGACACUCCGCCGGCAAUGUCCAAACUUGUUCUUGGUAAAAUGGGCCUCAAGAAUGUUCCUGGCUUGCGUUUUAAAUAAGAUAUGAAGACGGUAACGUUGAAUUUCAACUUUUUGUUGUGUUGAACUAAGUAUGCAAUUUUGUUGUAACAAACCAUUUAUUCCAAUAUUUGUAGUUGUAAGUGAAAGUAGUAGUUUUCUUUCCUCAGCUUGUUUAAGUUGUUAUUCUACAAAUUUAUGCUUCAAGAGAUUGUAAUU